AUGGAUCAAGAAGUAGACCCAGUUGUUAAGGAGUUUUCCAAUAUCCUUGAUGAGCUUUCAUUUAAUUCAAGACCAAUUAUUACCACAUUAACGAAAAUUGCAGAAGAACACAUUUCAUGUGCACAAUAUUUUGUUGACCUAUUAGAAUCUAGAAUUGAGAAAUGUGUACCAAAACAAAAGUUAUAUUCAUUUUAUGCUUUAGAUUCGAUUUGUAAAAAUGCAGGUAGUCCAUAUACAAUUUUUUUUAGUAGAAAUUUAUUUAAUUUAUACAAAAAGACAUAUUUAUUAGUUGAUAAUACAACAAGAACUAAAUUAAUAAAUAUGUUUAAAACAUGGAUGACACCAAAUGAAUCUUCAGGUGGGUUGAUACCGUUAUUUGAGACUUCUGCAUUAGAAAAAAUUGAGAAUUUUUUAAUUAAAGCAAGUGCCUUACAUCAAAAAAAUUUCCAAAAUAUGUUACCUACACCUACAGUACCUUUAUUAUUAAGAGAGAUUGAUAAAUUAUCCUUAUUAACAAAUGAAAGACUUAAAAAUCAGGCUAAUGAUGAAAAAUUGAAGAUUAAAUUAAUGGUUUUAUCACAAUUGAAACAAGAGUUACAGAAGGAAAAAUUAACUAUGGCAGCUUUGAAACAAGUUCAAAUUCAGUUGAAACAGGUGUUUGCUCAAGAUCAACAAGUUUUACAACAACAACAUAUGCAAGAUCAAUAUAACAAGCAACAACAGCAGCAGCAAAUCCAGCAGCAGCAGCAACAGCAGCAACAGCAACUUCAACAACAAGAUCAACAACAAUUUCAACAACAUUCAAGUAGCGAUUCCAAUGAUCUUUCGAAAAGUGGAACUCCUAUUGUUCCAUUAUUUGGUAAUUCAAACAAUAUGGAAAUUCAAUCAUCGUUAUUUGGUAAUAUUACAAGGACUUUUACUCCACCAAAUUUUUCAGAGAUUGAUAAAAAUAAUAAAUUAGAAAAAAUACGAAAAUUAUAUAAUGAAUUACGUGAAAUCAAAUUAAUUUAUGAACCUUCUAAAGAAUCUAUUGUCACUUUAUAUGAUAAAUUAGGUGGAAACCCCAAUUCCAGAAAUAUUUUAAAUACUAAUUCAAACGCUAAUAAUAAUAAUAACAGUAAUAAUACUAUAGUCAUGAGGAAAUUACCCAGUAUUGAAUUAUUGACAGAUAUUUUGAGAGAUUCAAGAGCAUACAUGGCACGUUCAAAUAAUAGUGAAUUAUUAAAUUCGAUUCAUAUUCAAUUAUCUGAUAAAUAUUUAUUAAAUAACGAUAAUAAAGAGAUUAAGAAUAAUUUUAUCAAUUUGCUUUAUAGAAAUAAGUCAAAUAAAUGUAAGCUUUGUGGUAAGAGAUUUGGUAAUUCAGCGGAAGAAAAGAGAUCAUAUAGUAACCAUUUAGAUUGGCAUUUCAGAAUCAAUAAAAGAAUUAAAGGUACCACUGUGAAUUCUUCCAAUAAUAAUGGGUCCAGUAUUAAAAGUAGUUCUAAAAACAUUCAAUCAAGAAAUUGGUAUUUAGAAAAUACUCAAUGGAUUAAAUUUAAAGAUGAUGAAAUUAUUUCUACACAAUCGAUUUCCAAUAAUAACAAUAACAAUAACAAUACAAACAAUUCCAAUACCAAUAAUAAUAGUAAUAAUAAUAGCAAUAUAAAAUCUAAUGUAGAGACUGGAGGAGAUAAUACACAAAAGAAUGUGACUGGUAGAAAUAAGAGGAGUAUUAAUCAAAUGACAUAUGAAGGCAAUAGUAUUAAAGAAAAAUCGAUCAAGACUAAAUAUGUCAUUGUUCCUGAAAAUACAAAUGAAGAGAUGAAUUAUAAAUGUUCUAUUUGUAAAGAAAUUGUCAAUGCUAGUUAUGAUGAUGAACUUGGAGAAUGGAUUUGGAAGAAUACUCUUGAAGAGAAUGGGAAAUAUUAUCAUUCUACAUGUUUCAAUGAGACGAUAAAGAACCGUGAAAAUGAUGAAGAUUCAACUGGAUUAAAGAAAUUGAGAAGUAUGAUAAGUGAAGGUAAUUGA